GUGUGUGUGUGUGUGUGUGUGUGUGUGUGUGUGUGUGUGUGUGUGUGUGAGAGCAUUCCGUAUCUCAUUGAUGGAUCCUGCAGGAUUGCUGAUGACUCGAGACGAGGAAAUGUGAAUCAGAUGCAGAUGUCAGUCUGUGGGAAGUGAGCUGACAAUUUUGGGGCUUGGCAUCAGGAUGGCUCCACCCCCUCCGACCAAUGCGCCACACGUGUGCUUGUCGUGCGUGGUGAUUGUGAGCAGCAUGGCGCUGAUGGAUGCGUAUUUAGUGGAGCAGAACCACGGGCCACGCAAGAUCGGCGUGUUCAUAGUAGUGAGCGUGGGUGACGUUUGUUUCCUUAUCGCACUGCGCUAUGUCGCCGUCUGGGUCGGAACCGAGCUCAGGACCGCAAAGCGAGGAUAUGCCAUGAUACUCUGGUUUCUCUACAUUUUUGUUUUGGAGAUCAAAGUCUACUUCAUCUACCAGAACUACAAAUCGGACCGGAGGAGUCUGGAUGCUCUGGCACGUAAAGCUUUAACACUGCUUCUCUCCAUUUGCGUUCCCAUAUUGUUCAUUAUUCUGGUGGCUGUGGAUCAUAUGGAGUACGUCAGGGCAUUUAGGAAAAAGGAGGAGAUACGGAACAGGCUCUUCUGGGUGGUGGUGGACCUCUUGGAUGUUCUGGACAUUCAGGCCAACCUGUGGGAGCCUCAGAAGAAAGGCUUCCCCCUUUGGGCUGAGGGCUUGAUGUUCUUCUACUGCUACAUUUUGCUGCUGGUGCUGCCAUGCGUUAGCCUGAGUGAGAUUAGCAUGCAGGGCAUCAACAUCAGCCCGCACAAGAUGAUGCUUUACCCCAUCCUGAGCCUCAUCACCAUCAACAUCGUCACCAUCUUCAUCCGGGGAGGAAACAUGCUGCUGUACAAAGACAGCCGUGUCUCGGGGAUCCUCUUGGGGAAAAAUGUCCUGGCCAUAAUGAUGAAGAUGUGCAGCUUUGUGCAGUACAGGAAGCAACUGCAGAGCACUAACCUCAGUGCUAACACUCCUCCUCCUCCUCCUCCUCUUCUUCCUCCUCCUCCUGCAGCUCCUCCUGCUGCAGCCUUCAGUGUCGAGCUUCACAAAAACUCACUGAUGCACUGUCGAGAUGUUUCUCACACACCACUGCCUGAGCUCACUGCAACUGAACACACAUGACACACAUACACACACACUGGACUUAUGAUGAUAAUGGUAAUAAUGAUGAUGAUGAUGAUGAUGAUGAAGCUUUUUCAGACUGUGAGCCAACUGUGAGGUUUAAACUGGACAUAUCAUUUGGGAGGGGCUUAUACAUUAAUGGGAGGAGCUUAAACUACCAAAGGGUGGGGCUUAAACUUUGAGCAUUGGUGCUUACAGAGUGGUUACUAUGGUUACAAUAUGCAUUUGAGGUUAUUUUCCUACUAGUUUGUGACACAUAAUUGUGAAGCAUUUCAUUGUUUUCACUGUCAUGAAAAUAAAACCUUUUUGAAGCUUGGGAUCUUCUGGUAAGUUCCAGUUCUGAAAGCCUUUAUAUUUUUCUAAGAAAUGCUUUUCUGGGUAGAGGCGUACAGCAGAACCAAAUUUGGAACAGCUAUUACACCACUGAGAGGUGGUGCCAGGGUUCCAGUUCAUCUCUAAGGUGUUUACUGGAGUAGAUCUUUCACUUGGGUGUGUGUGCAGAUGUUGAAUGUGUGUUUGGUGAGUUUUUUGGUUGUGUUAUAACACCAAAUACUGAGAAAAAUACUGCACUAAAAUGCAAACCAUCAAAAGGUUGUCAUGAUUUCAUAAACUUUUUCAAUAAUAAAGUUGAAAACAUCAGGCAAAAAAUCCAGGUGAUUUAAUAUAAGUCCAAACUAUUUUAUAAAUAACCCUGUAGAUAGGACUGUAAUUAUAACAGA